CGCUGAUAACUACACUUGCGCUCAGUUCUACCAGCCAAUGGAGCACGACCACCAUGACCAUUCCGGACUCGAGAAUGCGGAAGAACAAGCCCACUUUGCAAACGUAAUCGCAGCCUUCCGAUAUUAUGCUCGCUACUCCCUUUCUGCGAACAACCGUCGUCGGAAAGACUUUUUUCGGCUCCCGAGCGCUGACCGGGAACUUCUCGCGGCGCUGGGGUACAAAGCAAAACUAGACCGCGUCGACGAGGCGAUCGAGGCGAACGCGGAUUUUCUCGGGCUCAUUGUCGAGGAUCCGGAGAUCUUUGGGCAGGCUGGGGAGGGCGAGGAGUAUGCGGAGCCGCGUGCGGAAGGACAUUCGCACUCGCAUGGGCAUUCCCAUACCCAUGAACACGGCGCCGGCUCAGCGGAGCCGUACACACCCACGGACUUCGAUAUGGACAAACUACGGAGCACGUUGAAGCAAUUUGUGCGGGAUUGGAGCGAAGAGGGGAUCGUGGAGCGCGAUGCAUGCUACCAGCCGAUCAAGGACGCACUUUUACGGCACUACGCGAGUGUGUCUGAGAUGGAGCGACGAAAGCUACGAGUGUUAGUUCCCGGUAGCGGUCUAGGUCGACUUGCGCACGACGUUGCCUCUCUGGGCUUCGCAUGUCAGGGCAAUGAGUUCUCUCAAUUCAUGCUUCUGGCCUCCCAUUGCAUCCUGAAUCGAAUCGAUGCUGCGAGCAGAGACUUCGAAGAGAUCUACGGGGCGGAUGGACACAGCCCCGAUGAGCCUCAAGCCGGGCAGUGGGAUGCCAUUCUUACUUGUUUCUUCAUUGACACGGCGAAGAACGUUGUGAACUAUCUGCGCAUCAUUCACAAAAUCCUGGCUCCCGGCGGUGUUUGGAUCAAUUUAGGUCCUCUCUUAUGGCACUGGGAAAACAACAGCACGAAUGACCCGUCUAUCGAGCUCACACUCGAAGAAGUUAAGGAACUCGCUCGCGCGAUUGGUUUCGACAUUUCCUUUUGCGGCGCUGAGAACGAGCGCACGAUCGAUACGACGUAUACGAACAAUGCGCGUGGGAUGCUCGGCUACGUCUAUCAUGCGGCAUUUUGGACUGCGACAAAACGCCCUGUUUGA